AUGGAAGACUACAACACCCACCAAUCUCCUCCUCCUCCGUACGAUCUCAUAAUCCUCGGAGCGUCCGGAUUCACCGGCAAGUACGUUUGGGCUGCCCAUCCCAACUCUCCACCUCCCUCCAUCCCGAUCCUCUCCGCCGACACCACCGACCCUGCUUCCCUUCGCCUGCUAUGCUCCCAAACCAGGCUGCUCCUCAACUGCGUCGGCCCAUUUCGUCUCUACGGCGACCCUGUCGUUGCCGCCUGCAGCCAGACCGGCUGCGAUUACUUGGAUAUCUGCGGGGAGCCCGAGUUUAUGGAGAGAAUGGAAGUCAAUUACCAUGACCAGGCUGUCGAGAAGGGCUCUCUGAUCGUUUCGGCUUGUGGGUUCGAUUAG